GUCGUUAAGGCGUUGCCUCACGGUUUCAUCGCCAUAGCAACACUUUGAUCUUUCCAUGACAUCACAUUUAUUUCAAUCAUUUGAGUUCACCUAACACCCGUAGUUGAUAACACACCACUGUACGAAGACAUCAAAUUCAAAUACCAAAAAUCUCUUCCUUUGAUAUUUGCUGGGCGUAUGUAUUCAAAAAUACAAGGAUUGUCAGUUUGUAGUUUGUUAUCCUUUGAGAUCGUUUCUUGGUUUUUGUUCGAUGACUGGUUCUACCUGCUAAGACGUGAUUGAAGACUAACAAACCGAGACUGAAAAUAYUUCCACAACAACAAACAACCAUGGAAAAUCUCAUCAAAAAACGUAAAAGAAAACACACUUUGGAGAAAAUGAUCCAUUAAUUUCGACGUGGAAACAUUGAAUACAUUUUUUAUAGAAUUUCAAGAUGGAUGGACAAGAAAAAGACAUCAAAGAUAUUGAAAAAGAUUCUUCAAGUGAAUUAUUAGACAACCAAAAUAAAAACGACGAUGCACAAAAUACUGAAACUUCGUCAAAUCGUUGUGAAUCAAGAACUUCAUUUUUACUUAAAAGAUCGAUACCUAAGCGAUACGUGUURUUGUUCAUGACAUGGUUAGGGUUUAUCAAUAUUUAUGCUAUGAGAGUGGAUCUCAAUGUAGCUAUCGUGGGUAUGGUAAAUGACCAGGAAAUAGAAAAGAACGGUGUCAUCUUUACUAAGGCAGCCGAGUUUGAUUGGAACUCAGCAUUACAAGGUCUUGUCUUAGGAUCAUUCUUCUACGGUUAUUGGGUACUGCAAAUCCCCGGUGCUUGGCUGGCCAUGCGUAUCGGAGGUACCCGGGUAUUUGGUUACGGGGUUUUAUUAACCUCGUUCUUGUCUCUACUGACCCCGGUAGCAACUAGGUAUAGCGUAUGGGGUCUCGUUGGAGUUCGAAUAUUUCAGGGCUUAUUUUUGGGUGUCACAUUCCCAUGUAACCAUGCCAUAUGGAGUAAGUGGGCCCCGCCCUACGAGAGAAGUACUUUAAUAGCUGUAUCGAUAGCUGGUUGUCCUUUUGGUAACAUUGUCGCAAUACCGCUGACUGGGCUUCUUACAAAGUAUGGUUUCGAUGGUGGAUGGCCAUCAGUAUUUUACUGCUUUGGAACAACGGGGAUUAUUUGGUAUUUAUCGUGGGAAUUCAUUGUCCAUGAUUGUCCUGCUAACCAUCCUACUAUUUCAAAAGAAGAAAGAGAAUUUAUAGAAUCAAGCAUAGCUUCAUCAGGCGAUAGAACUGAGUUUGUUGGCCUUCCAUGGUACCAUAUAUUAAGGUCCAAGGCUGUGUGGGGYAUUGUAAUUGGUCACUUUGGUGCUUGCUGGGGGUAUUAUACUCUCUUCACUGGCAUGCCUACUUACUUCAAGGACGUGCUGAAUUAUGACUUAGAAGAGACGGGUUUUCUUGCUGCCUGUCCAUAUCUCUUCAAGGCRUUACUGGCCCCCUUAGGUGGCGUUAUUGCUGAUUAUCUUAUUAAAAAUCAAACUUUGACUAUAAGAGCAGUCCGUGCAAUAUACUUUGCAAUAGGUUGUCUARUUGCUGGUGUUUUCAUCGUCGCUACCAGCUACACCGAUGAGCGCRUUCUYUGCGUUACAUUUUUGGUSCUUGGUGUUGGUUUCUCGGGUCUMAAUGCCAUAGGGUACGCUGUUAACCAUUUAGAUAUAGCGCCCAAGUACGCAGGUGUGUUAAUGGGUCUGACAAACACUUUCGCCUCAACCCCAGGGUUCAUCAGCCCUCAAAUUACUGGAUUUGUAACAAAGAAUAAGAAACAAGAGGAAUGGAGGAUCGUAUUCUGGAUCACCUUCAUUGUUUAUGUAAUAACCGUAGCGCUUUAUGCAAUCAUGUGCUCGGGUACAAGACAACCGUGGGCCGGYGGUAUGCCUAACCGAGAAGAAAUCCCAUUGAAAGACAAAAAGAUAGAAAAAUAGAGACUGGUUUUGAUAAUUUAACAUUUUCAAAUGUCGUAGUGUUUUGAUAUGAGUAGUUUAGUUCUUUGGAUUUUCAUAACACAAAAAUGGCAGUUAAGUAGACGUAUAUUUUUUGUUUUUUAAUACUCUGGAUUGCCAAAGGAAACACAACUCGAGGCCAACACAUGAACCCGGGCGCAUGACUUCCGCUUUUGCGUUUAUUGAGGAAUGUCGCAAUACACCAAUCUCAACUAAAAACAGCACUGAACCAAAMAGACAWUACAACUGCUAGUACUAUUGAGAUAAAGUGUUCCCGCGAUGCUGUGAGCUGGCUUACAUCGGCCGCCAAUUAUAUACAAACCYAAAAAAAAGAACUCUUAAAGAAUAAAGACAACAAUUUAAAAUCGCMAAAAGUGUUUUGGUCAAAUUUUGAARACCAAAACAACUUAAACAAUUACAUUUUCAAACUUAAAAGUUUGAAACACCAAUAAAUUAUGGAGCGUUUAAAAAGCACUUAACAUAGCAGUGCCAAAUCAUUUAGAGUAUUUUUCAAAUUUAUAGGUUACGUUCCUUGUUAUAUAAUGAAAUGGUUUGCUAACAAAAUUGCGGAAAUUAGUACAAAAUCAUUUAAGGGACUGCGCAAUAUUUAUCGGGGGGAGAUUGAGAAUCAAGAGGGGGGUCAGAGCGAAAUUUAUUUCGUUUACGACGGGGGAGGUAAUUACCCAACAAACCACCCCCACCCCCAUCCUGAUAAAGAUUGCGCAGUCCCUAACUUCUAAUGCGUUUGAGCAGCCACACAAAACUUUGUAUGUGUAGGAAACUUACACCACCUCCUAAGACCUUGCGACUCCWUUGAGAUUGCGUGUGCCCAGAUAGAAAAAAACCUGGACCGCCUCUACAUGGGUCUGUACAGCGUUUAGUUAAGUGAAAAGUAUACAUUGAAACGUUUAAUCAAACAAAUUUACCAUUUGUAUAUAUCAUAUUAUAUAUACUGUAAAUAUUUGAUGAAAUAUUGAUGUACGUACAAAGGAAAAUGAGGGAAUAAAAACCAUAUAAUCCGUU